CUAAAAUAGGAAAUGUCAGUAUCAGUUUAAGUUUAUUAUAGAACAGUCAGUAUGUGAAGAUCAAAGGACCAAAUGUCAACCUCACUUGGACUCUUUGUUCUCAACAGUAAGAGAAACAAAUUUGAAAGAGGAAGGAGGUGCUUUGAGGAGCUAAAAGCAGAGAUGGAAAUGGAUGGAGCUAAUGGGUGCUCAAUCGGUCAUGAAGCAAACAUUUUACUACGUAGGAGAUGAAGCUUGAAAUGCAUGCAAGUUAAUCUAAAAUUUGAGCUUGGGUAGAUGGCAAUUAUGGCAGUUCUCUGGAAGGAGCUGAUUAAGGUGUUAAUUUUUGGCUAUUUGAUAAAUGUGAGAAAAAAACCUGUAGGCAGUUAAGGUAGCUUCUAGGGCAUUGUUUCUAAGUUUUUAAAUGUAUACCCCAAUUACGUAUUUGUUUAGAAGUGAAAUGUUACUUCUCCCAAUUUGAGUAUUAAGUGUGUUGUUUUAAAUAGAAGAGAGAACUGUAUGCACCAUUUUUUAAAAGUGUGAUUGGUUGAGAGGCCUUCAGAAUUGAAUGGCUUAAUAGUCCCCUUCUGCUUAAUUAAUGUCCCAGGGGAGGCAUUUAAAAGUUUAAUUGAAGACUGGAUGCAGUGCCUCACACCUGUAAUCCUAGCACUCUGGGAGGCAGAGGCAGGAGCCAGCCUGGCCAACAUGGUGAAAGCCUGUCUACUAAAAACGAGCUGGGUGUGGUGGUGCAUGCCUGUAAUCCCAGCUGCUCCAGAGGCUGAGGCAGGAGAAUCCCUUGAACUCAGGAAGUGGAGGUUGCUGUGAUCCAAGAUGUCACCACUGCACUCCAGCCUGGGUGACAGAGCGAGACUCUGUCUCAAAAAAGGUAAAAGAUUUAAAAAAUGUAAUGUUUUCUCCCCUAACCUUAAAGGUGGAUUGGAGCACCUCACUUUGAGAACCACAGCUCCAAAACAAUGUUCAAAUAGCCUAGGAUUCAAGGGAGGACACUGUAAGGAAGACCAUGGACUAGUGGCACUGGAAACAGUAACAAGUAAACAGUGGGCUCACCUGUAAGUGAUGUUGUAGGUAGGGUUUGGGCAAGGAGUGAGUGCACAAGAUAAUCCGCGGGGACCAAGGAUUCCUUCCAUGUAGUGGGCAGUUCUUGAGGCUUUGCAAAGUUUGAUUGCUGGUGUCAAGACAGUAGUAAGGUGGACAGCAGAAUGAGGAAAAAGAUGUCCAGGGCCGUGGGAAAGGGCAUAAGGGCAGACCAAUAUUGGCAGAGUUGGAGAAGUUGGGAAGAAGUGAUUUAGAAGACCGUGAGCCAAAGCGAAGGAUUUGUUUGUUGCAGUUCCGACGGAGUUGUUCCUUAUUCUCUUUUCUGCUUUCACUCUUCCGGGGGACUGUCUUUUCCUCCUGCCACACCUCUUAAACGUUCGUCUAUGUAAAUGACCUUCUCACGUUAAGGGCUGCAAAUAAAUUGCUGAGGCUGCAAAUAAAUUACUAAGGAGCCAGGUAAACAGCAAGCAACCUUCACCUUUGUAGCAAAUUGUACAAUCAAAAAACUCGCAGGCAGGUGUGGGCGACGCCAGCCCCACAGGGAGGAACCGGGCACGUGGGGCGUAGGCGGCUGCCUGUUUUCUACGCGUGCGCCUUUUAAGACCAGGCGGUGCAGCGGAAGCGCGUGACAACGCUGGGUGCCUCAGUGCGGCUGCGUGGCCAUGGACGUGGGUGCCAAGGAGUUCGAGGAGAGCCUCCCUCUGCUGCAAGAGCUUCUCCAUGAGUCGGACUUCGUGGGUCUGGACAUAGAAUUCACGGGCCUUCGUUCUAACCUGUCUGGACCCCAGAUCAGUCUUUUUGAUUUGCCGUCGGAGUGGUAUCUAAAGACCCGCCAGAGCGUUCAGCAAUUUACAAUCUGUCAGAUCGGAUUGUCUAUGUUCUCCGCUCUUGAAGGAGAAGAAAACAAGUACGUAGCCCAUUCGUGUAACUUCUUUCUCUUCCCUACAACAUUUGGGAUUUUGGACUCAGAAUUCUCUUUCCAGGCUUCCAGUGUUCAGUUUUUGAAUCAGUAUGGCUUCAACUAUAACAAGUUUCUCAAAAACGGAAUCCCAUAUAUGAAUGAAGAACAGGAGAAGAAGAUUAGACAUGAUAUCCUGAGUGGGAACUGGAAAGUUCGCAGCUCUCUGGAUAAAGACCAAAUCAAGGUGGUGAUUGAUGAAGUGACUCGAUGGCUAGACCUGGCCAAGGAAGGCGACUGGAUGACUCUUCCUGGGAUUGUUGGCUUCCAGGCCUAUGAGGUGCAGCUGGUGCUGCGGCAGGCCCUCCACAACAUCUGGACGGUGCUGAAAGAUGACGGGGUCAUAGUGAAGAAAGUGAGUAAGCAACAUCGUUGGUAUCUUCAGAGCACCUCUUGUGACCGAGAGAGCUGUUGGAAGGAAAAUAUUCUUCUCUCUGCAAAGGGUUUUUCUGUCUUUUUCCAUAUGCUGGUGAAAGCCCAGAAGCCCUUAGUGGGACAUAAUAUGAUGAUGGACCUGCUGUACCUGCAUGAGAAGUUCUUCAGACCCCUGCCAGAAAGCUAUGAUCAAUUUAAGCAGAAUAUCCACAGCCUGUUUCCUGUUCUCAUUGAUACCAAGAAUGUAACAAAGGAUAUCUGGAAGGAGAUGAAUUUCCCGAGGGUGUCAAGUCUUUCCGAAGUCUAUGAAGUCCUGAACAGUGACUUGAAUCCAACCAAGAAUUCUGGACCAGAGAUUGUUCAUGCAAUCAGCUGUGAGAAAUAUGUUGAGACAAAGUGCCCCCAUGAAGCUGCAUAUGAUGCCUUCCUUUGUGGGUCAGUUCUUUUGAAAGUGGCACACUUAAUCCUACAGAAAGUGCACGGCAUUGACCCCAUUCCCGAGUCGACCUUUCCUCAGUACCUCGAUGUGCUGGCUCCUUACGUGAACCAAGUGAACCUCAUCCGAGCGGGGGUCCCGAAGAUUAAUUUUUCUGGUCCAGAUUAUCCAAGUAUCCGACCUCCCAUCCUCAUCCUCAGCGUCAAAAGGUGGCCUGGGGUCAGCGAGCAGCAAGUCUACCAUAAGUUUCAGAAUCUCUGCAAGUUUGAUGUCAGGCGUCUCACACGAAGCCAGUUCUUACUCCUGACCAAUAAGUUUAAGGACGCACGGAACAUCCUGAAGGAGUACCGGGGCCACCCAACCCUGCACAUCUCCCUGUACCGCUACUGGAGGCACUCCCCAGACGUCAACUGCCUGCUGCAAGUCUGUGGCAUCAUGACGGCCUGGGCUGUUCUCGCCUUCAUCCUCGGAAGAUCUGGUCCCUGAGCACAGUGAGGUCUCCUAAGGCCACGCUCGGUCCCCAUGCUCUCUGGGAGGCGUGCUGGAUGUGUUUGUAUAAAUCAGGUUCUAUUUGCAGAUGGAUCUGCUGGGUCUUUUCUGGAAAUUCUGUUACGUCCUGAACAUGAACUUCUGUCAACACUAUCAAUGAUAAAUCAAUUCUUGGGCAUCG